CGGUAGGGGCCAGCCGACUACACUAUUAUGACAGGUCCCCUGUUUACUAGUUGUGGUUUAAAUCGUUAUGUUUGCUUAUAUACGAGUCACUGGCUAAAACCUACAACGAACCGGUUUACGCGGAUAUCAUCCUUUUGUUUCUUAUCCUUGCACAUUUAUAGCUUUGUCUUUUCUCGUCGCAAUUUAGCAUUAGCUUUGUAGCUAGCUCUUGUUUUUAGCAUCGACCGUGUAGCGAGCUGCUAUCCGGAAGUUUGAUUUCUGUACAGGUUAAAUAUGACAUUUGCGGCAGAUGAUCUUCCCUGAUACGUGCUCACGUUGGUUGAGUGGAGAAAAAUGUCGUGCAAAUCAACCAAAGUGGCUCCAAGUGUUGACUUUGACCACAGUUGUUCCGACAGCGUGGAAUACCUCACAUUAAAUUUUGGUCCUUUUGAAACUGUUCACCGUUGGAGAAGGCUUCCUCCGUGUGAUGAGUUUGUUGGAGCAAGGCGCAGCAAACACACUGUCGUGGCAUAUAGAGAUGCUAUCUACGUGUUUGGGGGAGACAAUGGCAAGAACAUGUUGAAUGACUUGCUCCGUUUUGAUGUGAAGGACUGCUCUUGGUGUAGGGCCUUCACCACAGGAACCCCACCUGCUCCCCGAUACCACCAUUCAGCUGUGGUCUAUGGAAGCAGCAUGUUUGUUUUUGGAGGGUAUACUGGAGACAUAUAUUCCAACUCCAACCUAAAAAAUAAAAAUGAUCUCUUUGAAUACAAGUUUGCAACAGGACAGUGGACGGAAUGGAAAGUAGAGGGGAGCCUGCCAGUGGCUCGCUCAGCUCACGGAGCCACAGUUUACAGUGAUAAGUUGUGGAUAUUUGCAGGUUAUGAUGGGAAUGCCAGGUUGAACGACAUGUGGACCAUCAGCCUGCAGGACAGAGAGCAUGCAUGUUGGGAAGAGAUUGAGCAGAGUGGCGAGAUUCCUCCGUCUUGCUGCAACUUCCCCGUAGCUGUAUGCAGGGACAAGAUGUUUGUCUUUUCGGGCCAGAGCGGAGCCAAGAUAACCAACAACCUCUUCCAGUUUGAAUUCAAUGGCCACAUGUGGACCCGCAUUCCCACUGAACAUUUGCUACGAGGCUCUCCGCCACCUCCUCAGCGGCGUUAUGGCCACACAAUGGUUGCCUUCGACCGCCAUUUGUAUGUGUUUGGCGGGGCUGCUGAUAACACUCUGCCCAAUGAGCUGCACUGCUAUGAUGUGGACUCUCAGAGCUGGGAGGUGAUCCACCCCAGUCUGGACAGUGAGAUGCCAAGUGGGAGGCUCUUCCAUGCAGCUGCUGUGAUUCAAGACGCUAUGUACAUUUUUGGAGGGACUGUGGACAACAAUGUUCGCAGUGGGGAGAUGUACAGGUUUCAGUUUUCUUGCUAUCCAAAGUGUACUCUCCAUGAAGACUAUGGUAAAUUGUGGGAGAACCGACAGUUCUGUGACGUGGAAUUUAUUCUAGGAGAGCGGGAAGAAAGAGUUCUGGGACAUAUAGCUAUUGUGACGGCCAGAUGCCAGUGGCUGCGUAAGAAAAUCCUGCAGGCUCGGGAAAGACAGCGACAGAGGACCAAACAGGACAGCAGUGAGGAGAGUGAUGAAGGGGCCACAAGAGGUGGAACUCACAAGCUAUCGGGCAGACAGCCAAUGCUGGAAGUAUCCAUCAGGGAAGCAGAAGCCCAGCCUUUUGAAGUGUUAAUGCAGUUUCUCUACACAGACAAGAUUCAGUACCCACGCAGAGGUCAUGUUCAGGAUGUUCUCCUAAUCAUGGACGUUUACAAACUAGCCCUGAGUUUCAAACUCUCCCGCUUGGAGCAGUUGUGUGUUCAGUACAUCGAGGCUUCUGUUGACCUGCAGAACGUUCUCAGUGUUUGUGAAAAUGCAAACAAGCUCCAACUUGACCAGCUAAAGGAACAUUGCCUUAAUUUCGUGGUGAAAGAAUCCCACUUCAACCAGGUGAUCAUGACGAGAGAGUUUGAACAUCUGUCCACGCCACUGAUUGUGGAGAUAGUCCGACGAAAGCAGCAGCCCCCUCCGAGAUUGUACUCUGACCAGCCUGUGGACAUUGGCACCUCCCUAGUGCAGGACAUGAAGGCGUACCUAGAAGGAGGGGGCCUUGAGUUCUGUGAUAUUAUCCUGCUGUUAGAUGGGCACCCUCGACCCGCUCAUAAAGCCAUACUAGCAGCUCGUUCCAGUUAUUUCGAGGCCAUGUUCCGCUCCUUCAUGCCAGAGGACGGCCAGGUUAAUAUCUCUAUCGGUGAGAUGGUUCCCAGUAAGCAGGCAUUCGAGUCCAUGCUACGCUACAUCUACUAUGGGGAUGUUAACAUGCCUCCAGAAGAUUCUCUUUAUCUGUUUGCUGCACCAUAUUAUUACGGCUUUUCAAAUAACAGGCUGCAAGCUUAUUGCAAGCAAAAUCUGGAGAUGAAUGUCACCGUGGAGAACGUUUUGCAGAUUCUGGAGGCGGCCGAUAAGACUCAGGCUCUGGACAUGAAGAAGCAUUGCCUACACAUAAUUGUCCACCAGUUCAUCAAGGUAUCCAAGCUCCCCAACCUGCGUUCUCUCAGCCAGUUGCUGCUGUUGGACAUCAUUGAGUCUCUAGCUACACACAUAUCAGACAAGCAGUGUGCUGAGAUGGGCUCCGACAUUUAGGAUCAUGGCAAGAGACCUGCACUUUUAUUUUCAUCCUUUUUUUUUUUUUUUUUAAAUAUAUGUUUACAAUUUCGCCUCGCCAUUCCGCCCUUCAUAUCGUGACCGUAAUUUCUCGAGCGUAGUGUGCCAUAUUUUGUUCAAAGACUUCACUAUCAGGGGGGCUGCUUCGUAGGGGGCCUAUUUUCAAAAACUUUAAAUUCAAAUAUUUUCAAAACCAAAGUCGCCAGCGACCUAAAACCAGAACAGGCACUUUCCUUAGCCAUAUAUGAGUUUCCAUGAGCAGCGUAAUCACAAAAUUCAAAGUUGUUCCCUAAUGAAAUCCGAAUUAUUUUUUAGGUUACUAUAACAGAACUUAAAAUGGCUAUACAAUUGUCAGAUUUUCAGAAGCCGCACCCACCAAAUUUGAUACAAAAACAGCAUUUGUUCACAGAUAAGCCGCACUGGACUAUAAGCCGCAGCACUCCUCACUGUAUCAUGGAAGAUUUACAACAAAAGAUAGUAACCGGUAACACUUUAUUUGUAAGACUGUCAUAAGACCAAAUGAACCACCAUGAAGCUUUGAACCAAUGGGCUGAAAAGCUUCAUUGCUUCGAGAAGCUUAAUUUGCCCAUCACUGCUCCACCUGCUGUCAACACUGUUGUUGUCCAACAUGCCUCCUAGCAUGCAUUGCAGCACUACAGAUCUAAAUAACAAUCAAAAUCAAUGUUCUCUGCAAAUUAUUUCUUCAGGUACUCUUUCAGUUUCAUUUACUGUUAGAGAUGGUAUUUGGUAACUCUUUAUUUGAAAGUGGCCCCAUAAAACUGUCAUUAGACAAUCAUAAUUAUGACAUGACACUGUUAUGACAAUUAAUGAAUCCUUAUACCAGAUGUCAUUUAGUGUUAUCCGGCAAAUUAUCUCACUUUUGAAUGGAUGUAAAAGAUCCGAGCUGAACAUAAAUGGAGAUAGUGACAUAGUUUGCCGGAUGACAUUUAAUGACAUCUGUCAUAAGCAAUCAGUAAUCCCCAUGAUAGUGUCAUGUCAUAAUUAUGACGGUCAUAAGACCAAAUGAACCACCAUUGCUUCAAGAAGCUUCAUUUGGACAUUACUGCUCCCUUGGAGAGACAGUCAACCUCUGCUGCCACCUGCCGUCAACACUGUUGUUGUCCAACAUGCCUCCUAGCAUGCAUUGCAGCGCUACAGAUGUAAAUAACAAUCAAAAUUCAUGUUAUGUGCCAAUUAUUUCUUCAGUUGCUGUUCCAGUUGUUUCAUUAAUUGCUAGUUAUGGUAUUUGGCAACAUUUUAUUUGACAGUCGUGCCAUAAGACUAUCAUAAUCAUGACAUGACACUGCCAUGAGCAUAAAUGAAUCCUUAUGACAGAUGUCAUUUUGUGUCAUCGGCAAAUUAUCUCACUUUUGAAUAGAUUGAAAAGAUCCGAGCUGGACAGAAAUGGAGUUAGUGACAUAGUUUGCCGGAUGACAAUGACAUCCGUCAUAAGCAUUCAUUAAUGCCCUUGAUAGUGGUAUAAUUAUGACGGUCUUAUGAUGCCAGUCUCAAAUAAAGUGUUACCUAUUAACCCAAAUAAAUCAACAAAUAAACCGCGCUGGACUAUAAGCCGCAGGAUACUGAGGGAGGGAAAAAAGUAGCGGCUUAUAGUCCAGAAUUUACGGUAAUCACUUGUAUUUUCAGGAUCAAUAGCAAUAUUUGGCACAUAUAAGUUUUUGCCCGAAAGCGCGACUCAAAUUUUUUAAAUUUAGUGCAAUUUUUAGUUUUCAACAGCUAAUAAAUUAAUCAAUUUUCACAUCAGAAACUGGAUACUUGGGGAAAGCAUGCAGACUUAUCUUAGUUUUACUCAACAAAAGCACAUUUUUCAGUAUUCUAUAUACAAUCACAACUUAUUUAGGUUUCCGCUGUCACUAUUGCCUCAGCACGUCUUGCAGGCUAUCUGGCCGUCAUCUUUUUUAGAUUCAAUUCAAUUUUAUUUGUAUAGCCCUAUAUCACAACAAGUUUGUCUCAGAGGGCUUUGCAGAGUCAUUUUGAUACACAGUCAAAUACAGUAGAUGAAUGAGAUGAGUCCAUGUCCUGGGCAUCCCCCAUCCCUAGACCCUCCAUGGCGGCAAGGAAAAACUCAGCCCAAUGGGAAAAAAGAAACCUUGGGGAGAACCACAGUCAGGAGAGAUCCACUCCCAGGACGGACAGGACAGGCUAUAGAUGCACCGGGGGGGGGUGGUCAGCCAGGGGUGGGAUAGUCAGGCAGCUGAAAAAAUAGCCCUUCCCCUAAAGGGGACACUGGGUGACUGGUAAUUAAAAGACUAGUCAACUAGAUAUUAGAAUUGGAAAACACAAAUAAAGUAAAGACCAGUGGUAAGUAGAGUGAAAAACGGGGGAUAGGACUCAGUGGCUGUACUUCCCCCAGCAUUAUAGCUCCUAGUGCAGCUUAGGCUGAAAUGUGAGUUCAGUCUUUUUUCAACAAGCCUGACCAUAAGCUUUUUCAAAUAGGAACGUUUUUAGUCUAAUCUUAAAUGUACAGACUGUGUCGGCCUCUUUAAUAUUAGCUUGAAGCUGAUUCCAUAAGACAGGAGCUUGGUAACUAAAGGCUCUCGCUCCUACUGUACUUUUAGAGACCCUGGGAACUACCAAUAGACCUGCAUUCUGAGAAGGAAGUAUUCUGUUGGGGUGGUAUGGAACUAGAGCAUCUGUGAGAUAAGAUGGCCCCAAACCAUUUAUGGUCUUAAAUGUAAGAAGGAGGAUUUUAAAUUUAAUUCUAAAAUCGACUGGAAGUCAGUGAAGGGCUUGGAGCACUUGGAUGAUGUGCUCUCUUCUAUUAGUUCCUGUUAAAAGUCUUGCUGCUGCAUUCUGGACAAGCUGAAGACCUUUUAGGGAACUUUUAGGACGAGCUGCAAGUAAGGAGUUACAGUAAUCCAAUCUAGAUGUAACGAACGCGCGAAUUAAUUUUCCUGCAUCACUUUUAGACAGAACAUUUCUUAUUUUGGCUAUGUUGCGCAAGUGAAAAAGGGCUGUUCUGCAGGUUUGUUUAAUAUGAGCUUUAAAUGAGAGGUCUGAUUGAAAUGUAACAUAAAAUAAAAGCCAGUUUAUUUUUUGUAUGGACACAGAAAUCAAUCAGAGGGGGUGGCUAUUAAAAAGAAAAUUGAAAAAAAAACUUGUAAUCACUAUGAAAUCUGGAUGUCAAAAAUUAUUAUUCGAUAUUUUUUGCGUCCUAUAUGGUAUACUGGGGGCGGGUUUCAAUAAGCUUCGGCUUCUCCCGUCUGCCCUUUUCUUUCCGGGUUGAAUUAAUUGUAAACACAUAUAAAUGCUGUAUGUUUGUUUGGAUUUGUCAUGCCUGAAGGGAAAAUAAAUUUAAGAAAAAAAAAUAAAAUAAAUAAAUAAUAAUAAAAUGUCUAAAUUACUAUUUUCCAAUCCAACUGGACAACAAAAUAAAGAGCUUUUUAAGUAAAUGAAUGCAUACAUUCCAGAAUUUCUAAAUAUGAACAUAAAAGUGUCUAGAUUCUUGGUUAAAAGCAAAAAACACUGGGCAGUUAUCAGUCAUUUUACGUAAAUAUUUUAAGCUAAAAUUACGCAUUUUUUUUUCCAUUUCAUUUGUUUCACAACGUUUCAAAGUGGUGCCAUUUUAUGUAAUAUUUACCUUGACUCCUCGACCAAGAUAUUCUUGAGACAUGCGUCUGUUUGUAUGCACUAAAACCUUCUUUCCCACCUAAAUCCGGCGUUCGAACGCAGCGUGUGUUUGAGUUUAUCGCAGUGAAAGCUGACACGACGCUCUGCCUGGCCCGGCCCCCUACGGGAAGGAGUGGCACAAUGUCUGUAGGAACUAUCUCGUCAACUGAUAGUGAAGUCUAUGAUUUUGUUGUUGCUACAAUUCAUGAUGAAUCGGGUUGGGUCACCUAAUACAUAGGUACAAUUAAGCCUGUCAUGAAAAACAAUAAGUCAAUUUAUCAGUAAAUAAAAAUGAGGCCGCUAAUUAUCCCGGCUGCGAUUUAUCACGGGUACGCACAAAUGUACGCACGCGUGUUUACGUGUGCUGCGCGCACUCGGCACAUGUGCGUGUUGAUUUCAUAUGAGACUCCAUUUCCUUUCAUAGAUGUUUAUUGGUCAUUAACACGUCAUAGAAUUAGAAUUCAGACAUAAAAAUAUACGGCAAAACAUCUGUAUUAAACAUUGUAACAUGUUAGCAUUGCUACAUUGAGGCUAAUGGAAAAAAGACAAUGUACUAACCAGUAUAGUCUGCUAUAAAACAUUGGCAGUGUUCUCCAAAAUGCAAAAUUGAGGUUAAAAGCUGUGACUUCAAACAUGAAAACUGGCUGGUUUACAGUAUUAGCUAACCGAAAAAAAGAAAAAAUAUCUAUUACUGACACCACAUGCAUGACAAAAAGAGAAAUGAACUUUUUAUUCCAGAGUGCAAAGCUUAUGGUUAACGGUUUAGCAAACAUACUUCUUGUGAACAUUUCAAAAUAAAAGCACAUCAUGUUCAACAUGUAAAUCAAGAUUUCUGGAGUUAAUCUCGCAUACUUCAGAUUCUACUCUUAAGAUGUAGCCUAAUAAGAAGCUACUUUACGUAGUGCGUUUCCGCCUCUGUUAAAAUCAAAGAUAUUGAAAGCAUCUUGUGUUUUAGAAUCGGUUUAACAAAUAAGGAAAUCGUUAAUAUUUUGCCUCAUCUACAUCAAAUUAUAAUCAAAAGAAGGAUUUAUACCAAUGCUUAAUCGUAGCUCGCAGCUACAGUACACGUACGUAAAAAGCGUAGCUGAUUACAGCUAUUUACCCCUUUUUUUCUCGUAGCAAUCGUACGACUUUUAUCUUGUAGUCCUUUUUUUUUCUUCUUCAUUUGGCCCUAAUACGUACUAUAUUACCACAACAAUAAUAGUCCUCUUAACGGACCCUCGUCCGUUGACAACUUAAAUCUUUUCUAAACACUUCAAAAUUCUCAUCUGAAAUUACAACCCGUGACAUCAGCAAUGAACAAAUCUAUGAUAGGAUGUGAUGAUUCGGGUCAUACACAUGCCAUAAAGAGCUUAAACGUUAUGUCAAUGUAUUAAGGUUGUUUUCACCGACUUAAACCAAAAUUACAUUAAUUAACCUGAAAUACCUUUCUGUGCAUUUUUCUCCCGGUUUCCAACUCUGCACCAAGCUUGCAACAGGAGAACUGAUGUGAUUUUCAAAAUAAAGCGUGUAAAGGAACAAUUUGUAUUUGACGUGCUAUUUCAGACGUCUUCUAGCAAAUAGUGUGUUACCAAUUAGCUAUAUACAGUAAAUUAAUUUUGACGUGUUGUUAAAUUAUACAAAUUAGAAUGUACCUUUAAAUCUUUAAAAAAAAAAAAAAAAAAAAUCACAUUUGCAAGGCGUGACGGCUUUUAUUUUGGUGUGGUGGUCCGCCACAAUCUUUUAAUUGUAGGGGAAACCCUGCUGAUGAGGUUUGGGUGGGCCUACUCUAUAAGAGUUCAUAUGAAACUCGAGAAAUGACGGGACUUUGCACCGAGCAUGUUUCAAUCUUUCAAAUGCCUCAUUCAUUUGAAAGAAAGGUGCUUUUUUCCCUUAUUGUGCAUAUCAUUGUGUUAAGUCAUUUAAUUUAUUUUGUAUACAACAAUAGUUUAUCGUUUUUGCAUCUUUCUUUUGCUAUUGUCCCCCAAUUAUCAUUUUCUUCUUUUUCAAAAAAAAAAAACCUUCAUUGAAAUUUUCCUCACCGUUUUCCCUUAACAGCUGAAAACACCAAACGAUGCGACUUCUUGUUGCUGGAUCAGUAUUAUUACAUUAUGGAGUUACAAUUGGUAUUAUAUACUUGGUAUGUUGUAAUGCUAUACUGCAUUGUAAAAAUCAUUAUUGAUAACUGUCUGUAUUAACCACCUUUUUCAAACAUUACCCAUGUUUAUCAGACAAGUUUGUGACAUCUGCUCAAAAAUUACCCAAUGGGGUUAAUUGUACGGUAUUUAUCAAAAAUAAUAAAAUCUUUGUUACUAAAAAAAGACACUCCUUCUUUACUCAGUAACAAUUUUGAAGUUUUAAAGGGAUCCUCGAUUUGAGACAAGUAAUUCUUAAAAGAUAAAUGUUAGUAUGAGUUAGAAUAAUUUGGUAUUAAAACUAGGGCUGUCAAAAUUAUCGCGUUAACGGGCGUUAAUUAAUUUUUUAAAUUAAUCACGUUAAAAUAUUUGACGCAGUUAACACAUGCACUAAAUGACCCGCUCGCAUAUUGCCUCAAACAGAUUACAAUGAGGCCGUUUAUGGACAUUAAGAGUGAAGAAAAUGCCACCGGCCGCUUGGGGGCAGCGCCGUUCCAUACUCAUGUUAUUUCUUCUAAACGUGGGAGAAUUAGUAGUUUUGAGACGUUUAUGCUGUAUUCACAAUGCAAUGCAAAUUGCUAUUUGUGCUCCACACAUAUUUCAGUAAGUUUUCUUUCUUUUAGUGGCAAUUAUGUGUCUCUUGUUGUAUUUUGGGUAAGAUAUGUACAGAUAUAUGUUAUACAGUAAAGGCAAGUGGACACAGGCGUUCUUUGGACCGCACCGUUUAUUGGCAUAAGCUUCUCCUUCACAACAAACAUAAGUAUCGUUUAGUGAAAGCACAACAAAAAUAAUAUUCCUAUCCCUCCAAAAAAAAAAAUAUUGUUCACAAAAAGAAAAGCACUUCAGCCUAUAGUAAUGAGGCCCUAUUCUGACACACAGUUAAAAAACAAUGCAAAAUGAACUGGCAUUCCAUAUCAAAAUAGCUAUGCAAAAUACACGUAAAACUUAGACUUUGUUCACUCUAUUUUUUUUUUUUUUUUUAUUCUUAUUAUAUUAACUUUACUAUUGAUUGAAAAUUUUACAAAUUUUAUUAAAACAAAAAUAUGAAGAGGGGUUUUAAUAUAAAAUUACUAUAACUUGUAACUAUAACAAUUAUCUUUUAAGAACUACAAGUCUUUCUAUCCGUGGAUCACUUUAACAGAAAGAAUGUUAAUAAUAGCAUUUGUGGAUUUAUUGUUACAAUAAACAAAUACAGUACUUAUGUACAGUAUGUUGUAUGUAUAUAUCCGUCAUGUGUCUUAUCUUUCCAUUCCAACAAUAAUUUACAGAAAAAUAUGAAUAUUUUAGAGAUGGUUUGAAUUGCGAUUAAUUGCGAUUAAUUAAUUUUUAAGCUGUAGUUAACUCGAUUAAAAAUUUUAAUCGUUUGACAGCCCUAAUUAAAACCCCUCUUAAUGUUUUCGUUUUUCAUAAAAUUUAUUUUAUUUUUAAUUAUUUUAACUGAUAGGUCGCCAUUCUUGUUGACGUCGCAAUGCCCGCUGCCGAACUUCCAGCGUGUCACUCGUUAGCUACCCCAAAAUGUUGUCGGUUCUGCCCUUCCAAUUUGAACCAGAGCGGAAAAGUGAAGAGCAGGACAGCACUGUCGGUCGUUCACAAGACGAGCAGCAAAGGCAAAAUGCAAAGCAGGAAACACCUAAUAAGACUAGAGUUUGGGAAAACUGGUGAUGUACUUGGAGCAAGUGCAUCUCAAUGACAAUAGAGUGGGAGAGUGUAUGCUGUUGAGAACUCUGGUUUUUGUUAGCAGAUCUUCAAGGUGAGCUAUUGCGUGAUCAAACUUAUUAUUCCAACAUAAUUAUGUAGAUUGUUAGCAUCCAGAGCUGUCAUGUGCUUUACAUACAGUACAGGCCAAAAGUUUGAACACACCUUGUCAUUCGUUCAAUUUUAUUUUCAUGACUAUUGACAUUAUAAACGCUCACCGAAGGUAAUAAAACUAUGAAUGCACACGUGUGAUAGUCAGGAUCGGAGUCGUGUCGUGGCUGACGUCCUCAUUAAAUUCGUCAUCUGACGGGAACAAAUCCUGGGAUCGCGUGUCCUCCAUGUCUUGUACAUCCAACUCGCAUUUAGCUACUAAGGGUGUAACGGUACAUGUAUUCGUAUUGAACCGUUUCGGUACUUGGUGAUCGGUUCGGAACGGAGGCGUACCGAGCGAGUUUCUGACGUAAUGUCACCCCUUAUUUUUCGAGGCUGUGAGUCGAUCGGGUUACAGUUUCUUUGUGUAUAUUAUAUGUACUCCGUCUUCUCUACUAUAACGAGGACCAACACGGUAGGACAGUAAGAAACGUCAACGGCGCGACAACGUGCCCGCCGUGAGAACGCAGUGAAACGCGGCCGUUAAAGUCAAUCAGCCAAUGCACACCAGUCGCAGUGCGGCCGCGUGUUAGACGCAUCCCAGAAGCCGCUCAACGCAAUGCACGCGAAAAGAACAGCAGAGUUUAUUAUUUGACACGAGACGCAGCCCUCCUGCGUCAAUACUACUAGCUAGCAGACCGGAAGUCACUCGUGUAAAAAUACGGUGGAUCCGGUCGAUUUUAUAAACUAAUAUGCAAUCGUAACACACUUUUUGAGUCCAUCAGAUCUCUUGAGUGCUAGAUCGGGGCACAAUUGACUUGUCUUUGUUGAUUUACAGUUGUCUUCUCUGCUAUAAUAAUAACCAACACGGCCCCGUGUUCAAUACAAAACCCUCCUACCACAACAAAACAACUAAAGAACUAAAGAUGUCCCAAUCGAUCGGCUUCCCGAUCGAUUGGGUCCGAUCAUGUCAUUUUCAAAGUAUCGGAAUCGGCAAAAAAAUAUCGGACAUGCCUUUUUAAAAAUAUAUACAUAUAUAUUUUAAUUAAAUCGUUUUCUAAUUGUAUUUCACGUUACAGACAAAAUGUCUGACACUCAUCCAGAGUCUUUAGUUUUGGCUUAAAGUAGGACUGUCAAAUUUAUCGUGUUAACGGCGGUAAUUGAUUUUUUAAAAAUUAAUCACGUUAAAAUAUUUAAUGCAGUUAACGCAUGCGCUGCACGACCCACUCACGCAUUGUCGCGUUCAAUCCAUAGAGGCGCCGUUUUACCUAUAUAUAUAUAUAUAGAGCUUAAAGGCAGUGUAAAAUGAGUAGAGUGAAUUUAGGCAGUCUUUGGAGCCUUUAUUUAAUUGGCUAAAGCCUUAAAAUCCCCCUCUCAACAAUUAAAAAUAUUGUGGGAAGCAAUGUGGGGAAGAAAGGUAGUAGUUAAUCUUUUUCUUAACACCAUAUGUUAUUUCUCAACGCAGAGUAUAUCAAUUGGUGUCACUAUGCACAGUCAUGGUUGCACUUCCCAUCAUGCAUUUGGGCAUAACAGUUAAAUGGCUACAGUAUCAUUUACUGAAAGCUCAACAAAUACACUAGAUGGCAAUAUUUAGUCACAAUAUACAAAGUCACAUUUAUCCUUUAAGAAUUACAAGUCUUUCUAUCCGUGGAUCCCUCUCUCAGAAAGAAUGUUAAUAAUGUAAAUGCCAUCUUUAGGAUUUAUUGUCAUAAUAAAUUAAUACAGUACUUAUGUACUGUAUGUUGAAUGUAUAUAUUCGAGUUUUAUUCAUUUUUUUCGUAAUGCAUUGCCAAAAUGUAUAUGAUCGGAAAAAAUUAUCGGGAAUGAUUGGAAUUGAAUCGGGAGCAAAAAAAAAAGCAAUCUGAUCGGGAAAUAUCGGGAUCAACAGAUACUCAAACUAAAACGAUCGGGAUCGGAUAUGGAGCAAAAAAACAUGAUCGGAACAAUCCUAGUAGGAACUAAUAUUCACAUAGGAACUUAAGUUAUACAACAUAAAAUGUACAAUAUAAAUGAAUACUACAUCACAUUUGUAAAAUACAAACACAAUACAACACACAAUACAAACACAUAAUAAAAUAAAUAAUAGCCCAUUCAAAUAAAAUAAAUUGAAAUGAGCUAAAACACCUGUAAUUAAAUAAUAAGAAUAAUACACAGAUCCUACUUACACAAUUAAAUUUAUUAAUUUCUGUGUGGAGCUUUAACUUGAGAAAAUCCACCAAUAAAGCUUUUGAAAACCGUUCAUAAGAAAAAAAAAAUCAUUGAGGCAUUUCAUUUGUAAAAUACAUGUUAAAAUCUUUGUCAUUGGGAUUGCAUUUCUCUUUAGCACAGGACUUUUUUCUUCUUUCUUUCAGAAAGAAAGCUGACCAAUACGCGGGGUCUGAAAGGCAAAUUGUUGUUGGAUUAUCUUUAAAUACCCGCUACUUUUUGAGCAGAAUUCUAGCUUUGUAUCCUAUUGUUGAAAGCACAAAGGUGUGUAAUAAACAACUAGCACAUUUAUAUUUUGCAUUUUGUUUUCUUACUGUACCGAAAAUUAACCGAACUGUGACCUCAAAACAGAGGUACGUACCGAACCGAGAUUUUUGUGUACCGUUACACCCCUAUUAGCUACAUAAAGGUGGUCCAUAUUAAAUGCUCGGCGCGCAUCAGCUGGCCACUGCACUGCUGCAUUGGACGUGUCUGGAUCAGUUUGAGUGGCAGCAUCACUCAUACUAGGUGAAUACUGAACAAACUCACUUACUGCCUGAUGAACUGACAGUAGAGGUGAAUUAUUAGCUUCCUCUGUGACUAGCGGUACGCCCAAAGGUUCGCCUACCACUGUAUAACGACAGGAGCAGCUUGCCUGCUUAAGAGAGCGGCCAGAGUUGUUUGUCUUUUGCGCUUUAUUGCUCGCAUUUCACUUGCUAUCCGGGGGCGUUGAGGCUUCUUGUGAUGGAAAAUAGUUGGAACAGCAUUUGAUUUUAUUGCUUUCUAUUCCUCUUGUGCUUAUCUUCAUUGCUGAUUUAAAUUAUUAUUAGUAGUAGUAUUUGUUUUUAUUAGGGCUGUCAAACGAUUGAAAUUUUUAAUCGAGUUAAUUACAGUUAAAAAAUUAAUCGUAAUUAAUUAAUUUUUCUGUAAGUUAUUGUUGGAAUGGAGAGAUAAGACACAAGACGGAUAUAUACAUUCAACAUACGGUACAUACACUAAGUACUGUAUUUGUUUAUUAUAACAUUAAAUCAACAAGAUGGCAUUAACCUUAUUAACAUUCUCUUAAAGCGAUCCAUUGAUAGAAAGACUUGUACUUCUUAAAAGAUAAAUGUUAGUACAAGUUAUAGAAAUUUUAUAUUAAAACCCCUCUUAAUGUUUUCGUUUUAAUAAAAUUUGUAAAAUUUUCAAUCAAAAAAUAAGCUCGCCAUUGUUGAUGUCAAUAAUUACACCAUGCUCCCUCAUUGUGCUGAAACCCAUAAACUCAUUUAGACCCAAGCGCCAGCAGAAGGCGUCAAACACCAAAAAACAAGUAACAAGCGGACAUUACACUGCUGUCAUUUUAAUCUGUUUGAGCGGGGCAUGUGCGUUAAUUGUGUCAAAUAUUUUAACGUGAUUAAUUUCAAAAAUUAAUUACCGCCCGUUAACGCGAUAUUUUUGACAGCCCUAGUUUUUAUGUAUAAUGUUAUUUCCUAUUUCGAUUGUCUGUUUUUACGUUCGAUUGAUUUUAAUGUGAUUUUUAUGAUCUUCAUGUGAUUUAAAGCAAAGUAAAUAAAUUUCCCUUGCCUUGCCCUACACAAUUGGAAACCUCCCAAUUACGUCAUCACUCCGAGCCCGUAAAACAUGGCGCCAACUAUCGGUCAAAAUAUGUACUAAAUAUUAUAAAAUAUUGACAAUGAUUUAACAUUUUAUGUGUUUCUAACAGCAUAUUUUAGUACAAGAGAACAAUUGUGCUUUAUUAGAACCUACAUGUCUUUAAGAUCGAGGAUCCCUUUAAUGAUCACUUAUAGAUCUUUUUCGACCAAAUAUUGAGCCUACAUUUGGUCCGCAGAGUUCAGACAUUACUUUUAAAGUGCAUCUGACACGAAAAAGCAUGUUUAUUUCAUAACGCACGCAGUAUUUUAUGCUCCUGAAUGAUAUGGACCACUUGGAUGUGUGUGGAAGCGAUCGCUAUAUUUAUUUAGUUUUUUUAAUCCCGCGCCAUGAAAAUGAGUGACUUCCGGCUUCGGUCUUCAAUUGAGGAGGAGGGCGCUGUGAUGUGUAUGGAUGAAGGCGUCCUCUUCUCUAUACAGCCGUACUGUUGUGUAUGAGGACUAGGAUUUAGCGGAUUUUGCGGAUUAACCCGUUCAUUUUUCGCAUCACGCCAGCCAAACGGCUGCAGAAAAAUCUUGCUGUAUGAGGGAGAGGCGUGUGCGCCUUUUUGGAGUAUCAAAAGUUUCCCAUUCACCGUGGAUAUUGGCCAAGCCCUACUACUGUGGGACCAUUGGACUUAUGAGGAAGUGAGUAAACAUCUUGUUUUGUAUUACAUCAAAUAUUAAUACAGCGAUUACAAAGUAAACACUACAAACUUUCUUUAAAUAAAGGACUACUUACGUUUGAUCAUUGAGAGGCAUGUAAAAAGCUCUCCUCGUGCACAUUAGCUGCACAACAACUGCAGCCGCCCUCCUCCGGGGAACGAGCUGUAAAUUGCUCUCCGCCGGGCUGUUUGCCGAUCCGCGAAGACAAUCGACAACCCAGUCGUCAUGUCAAAUAAUCCAGGCUAGUUAUGUGUCAUUUUCCGCUUCGAAGACUUUGAAACAUCACUCGGUUCGGGUUAGCUUGUCGGCUAGCUGUCACGCCUCUUGGUUUGUUUACAUUCUCCGAAGCCGGGGAAGGGAAAUGACAUAUGUCCGAUUUAGGUGUCAUAAAAUAUCGUUCGGGAGGUGUGACAGUAAAGGUGAAGACGACAGUUUUGACCAUUAUGGAGUAAUUUUGCCAUGUUGUCCUGAAUAAGUGCAUUUUUAUUAUUUCAUAUUCCAUUUAGCACAAGACUGUUAUUUGUCAUGACCAUGCCAUUUAUUUAGCAGUUGGGGAAAAUACUUGGAUAAAAAGAAUAUCCUGUAAAAAUAUUGAAGUAAAGAGACAGAAACAACGACAUUUUGCAGAUCUUUUCGUCGCGUUUUCCUCGUUCUGAAUAGUUCCCCCUCGACGGGCUGACUGGUCCUUGUCAAGCCAUUUAUUUAGCUAUUGUGGAAAAAUACUUGGAUAAAAAGAAUAUCCUGUAAAAAUAUUGUAGUCGAGAGACUGAAACAAUGACAUUUUGCAGCUCUCUUCGUCGCGUUUUCCUCGUUCUGAAUAUUUCCCCCUCAAUGGGCUGUAAAGUAAAACCGAUGAGCCCAGUCUCCCGCUGAUGUCAUCCACCUGUUGGGGACGCUUGAGCCCUAUAAUGGUAGGCGUGGCUAACCGGCAGAUUAAAAGACUAAUUUCUCGUCAUCUUCGCUUUGCUAAAUUGUUGUAUAUAGUCGAAUCGUCUCAAAAUAUGAUUCUAAUUCACAUAAUAAUGCUAUUUAAAGUAUUUCCUCUGAUUUAAAUACAUGUAGGCUCUAAUAAACCACAAUUGUUCUCUUGUACUAAAAUUUGUUGUUAGAAACACAUAACAUGUUAAAUCAAAGGCAAUAUUUUAUAAUAUUUAGUCCAUAUUUUGAGCAUUAGUUGACGCCAUGGUUUGCGGGCUCGCAGUGAUGGUAUCUUUCUGAAUGUGUAGCGUGUUCAACAAUUGCUUAUUGCUGCCUAAACUCGCGAAGUAAAAUGCCACGAUGUGCUGCUUUUGGAUGCAAUUUCCAUUCAAAUGGAAAAAAGGGGAGUGAAGUGAGUGGUUAAGGUGGAAUUAUUAUUUUUAGUGAAUAAAUGUGCAUAAGUGGAAGCUUCUCCCCUUUUUGGUCCCUGUAUGCAUGUAUCCUACCCACCACGCGUUACAACUGGCGCCCGAAAAUUUUUCCUGGAUCCUCAGUCAAGUAAGGGUCCCAUCGCGUCUGCAAUAAUGGUUUUGGAUCUGUCCAUUUAUUUUUAUUCGUUGGUCCCACAGCGGCUUUUCGGAUCAGUCUAUUUUGUGGAAUCGACGGCCUAAUCGCGGCUGCGAUAUUGCCGGUGUAAUUCCUGGAUCUUCGAGUGAGUAAAAAAACGCAGAUUUGGAUUACUAUUGCUAUCUUUUUUGUUGACUAUUCUUCGUGGGAGUUUUCCCCAAAUCAUACUAAAUAAUUAAAGCACUAUGGCACGCUACAGUGACGACAGUGACUCUGACGUGGACCUUACAACAAUGUUGGAGUUCGUCAGGGAAUGCGUGUUUGCGUACUGCUGAGCUCCCGAGUGAAGAGUGGUCAAGGUGGAAAUAUUAUUUUUUGUGAAUAAAUGGUGGAAGCUUCUCCCCUUUCUGGUACUUUUAUACACGUAUCCUAGCUACCACGCGUUACAACGUACAUGACCUGGAUUACACAAGGUGUGCUCUUUGGCCUGUACUGUAUGUAAAGCACACGACAGCUCUGGAUGCUAACGGUCUACAUAA